UCUGUGUAAGGAGACAAAAUGGCGUCUUAGGCGAACCCCAAGUUUCUGUCUCUCCUGAUAUACUCCGAGACCUUUAGAGGCUGCUUUUAUGCUCGUGGAAGGAGUGAAGAUCAACUAACUUAUCUCUUGUAGCUUUUUAACAAAUUCCCUUCUAAAUAAUGCCCAUCAUUUCGCUAAGAUUGAAAGACCUCAUUCGUGCAAUUAGGGCUUGCCGAACUGCCCAAGACGAAAGGGAUCUUGUCAACAAGGAGUGUGCUUUAAUUAGAACAUCUUUUCGAGAGGAAGACUCAGAGAAUCGUGCCAGAAAUGUAGCGAAAUUAUUGUACAUACACAUGAUGGGAUACCCCGCCCACUUUGGACAGCUGGAGUGUCUCAAGUUAAUUGCAAGUCCAACGUUUUCUGACAAACGUGUCGGAUAUUUAGGUGCUAUGAUGCUUCUGGACGAGAGACAAGAUGUCCACCUGCUCAUAACUAACUCGAUGAAAAAUGAUAUGAAUCAUCAAGUACAAUAUGUUGUGGGAUUAGCUCUCUGUGCUUUGGGGAGCAUUUGCUCUGAGGGCAUGAGCAGAGAUUUGUGUGGUGAAGUAGAAAAACUAUUGAAGUCCACCAACCCUUACAUAGUCAGAAAGGCUGCCCUUUGUGCUGUUCGUCUAGUAUACAAGGUCCCUGAUCUAAUGGAAGUAUUCGUUCCUGCUACUCGCUCUCUCCUAAACGAGAAGAACCACGGCGUGUUACUAACCACUGUUUCCCUCGUAACAGCAAUGUGUCAAGUUAAUCCAGACUCUCUUUCACACUUCAGACGAUUUAUUCCAAAUCUCAUUCGUAUAUUAAAAAACCUCGUUAUGUCUGGCUAUACGCCUGAGCACGAUGUUCACGGCAUUAGUGAUCCCUUCCUUCAGGUACAUAUAUUAAGACUGUUAAGGAUAUUAGGACGAGGGGACCAAGACUCAAGUGAAGCCAUGAAUGACAUACUGGCCCAAGUUGCCACUAACACUGAGAGUGGUAAGAAUGUCGGUCAUGCUGUACUCUACGAGACUGUCUUAACAAUAAUGGACAUUAUGUCAGAGAGUGGACUGCGUGUCCUAGCUAUCAACAUCCUCGGUCGCUUCCUUAGCAAUAGCGACAGGAACAUCCGCUACGUGGCACUCAAUACUUUACUCAAAACUGUACAUGUUGAACACAAUGCUGUCCAGAGGCACAGGUCGACCAUUUUGGACUGUCUCAAAGAGAACGACAUCUCAAUCCAAAAGAGGGCACUGGAGCUCUCGUUUGCUCUAAUUAAUGAGCACAACAUCCGGUCCAUAAUGAAGGAGAUAAUGAUAUUCCUUGAUACAGCAGAGCCGGAGUUUAAGAGUCAGAUUUGCACCAAUAUUCUUCAAGUUACCGACAAAUAUUCUCCUGAUCAGAGUUGGCAUAUUAAUGCAGUUCUCUCAAUGCUUAUAAAGGCUGGAGCUCACGUGCGUGAGGAUUUAGUGUCCGGAAUUAUUUGCAUGGUCUCUGAUGCUGAGGAUCUUCAUGGAUACAGCGCACACAAGCUGUUCUUUGCACUUCGGGAUGAUAUCAGUCAGCAACCGUUAUGUCAAGUUGGUAUAUGGUCCAUUGGUGAGUAUGGUGAUCUGUUGCUAGCAGAUGAAACAGGAAGUGACACGCCCUCUGAAGUGACAGAAGAAGACGUCCUUGAUGUUGUUUUAAAGGUUUUGAAAAGUCCUCAGUCUUCACAGAUCACUAGAAGUUAUGCGAUAAAUGCAAUCAUGAAACUAUCAACCAGGUUCUCGUCCACUUUGCCACAGAUAAAAUCGAUAAUAUCUCAGUAUUGCAAUAACCUGGACACAGAGCUACAGCAAAGAGCUGUGGAAUAUGGAGCCAUCUUUAGCAAACACGAUGGAAUGAGGAGUGGCAUUUUUGAGAGGAUGCCCCUAAUGGGAAAGGGAGGGACUUCAGGUGGCGUCGUUGAAAAUGCAAAACUUUUAGAAAACGGAGAACCCGAGAAAGAACAAAUAUCACUCGUUUCGGAGCCGGCUCCAACUGCCCAAGAGCCAUCACUGUUGGAUUUACUGGGAGGAGACGUCACUCCGACUGUUGCCCCUCCCACUUCUGGAGGCGGAGCCUUGUUGGACCUCCUUGAUAUGAGCCCACCAACAACACUUGCUCUACCCAUUACCUCUGGUGGUGAUUUUGGAGGACUAAUGGACCUAUUGGGUGGACCAGGAGAUUCUACUCUUCCUCCACCUCCUCCAGUAUCACAGAGUAUUCCCAGUAUUAUAGCUUUUGAGAAGAAUAGUUUAAAGAUUGAGUUCCACUUUGAAAAGAAUGGGACAAAUAUAAGCAUCACCCUUCUAGCCACUAAUUCUUCAAAUCUUCCAUUUAGUGAUUUUGUAUUUCAAGCAGCUAUACCAAAAACUUUUAAGCUUCAGAUGCAGCCUCCUAGUGGGAAUGUCAUACCAGCACACAAUCAGGGGAAUGUGACACAAGUUAUAAAUAUUGAGAAUCCACAAAAACAACCGUUAAGAAUGAAGACAAGGAUUAAUUACACUGUCUCAGGUGCCCCUGUUCUAGAACAAGGAGAAGUGAACAACUUCCCUCCUGAACUUAACCAAUUUUAAACGCACUAUUAUUAUUAUUAUUAUUAUUAUUAUUAUUAUUAUUAUUAUUAUUAUUAUUAUUAUUAUUAUUAUUAUUAUUAUUAUUAUUAUUAUUAUUAUUAUUAUUAUUAUUAUUUGCUAUGAUUAUUGAUUAUUCUUAGAUUUCAAUGUUAGUAAUGCUGUAUCUAUUACAAGACAAUGCAUCUUCUCUCUCAAAAAAAACUCUUUUCUUUUUUGUAUUCUUUUUUUCCUAUUAUUAUAAUGUCCUAGAGUGAUUACUACUAUCUAGUGUAUUCUCUUUUCACUAAUUCUUUUAUUUAACAAUUGUUUCUGAAGCUGUUUUAUUUCUACAAAAAGUAUUUUAAUCUC